UGGGAAUCUUGUUAAAUUAGUAGAAGGGAAAGGCGCGCGCCACCUUUGUUUUCCCUUCUGUUCCCGUCCCCGUUGGCUGCGCGCCGAUAGUUUAUCCAGGCGAUAACCACACCCGCCGUAGAGGGUAGAUCGAAGCCGCAACCAUGUUCGCCCUACGAGUCCUUGCCUUGUCUGCCGUUCUAGCAAGUACAGCUACGGCCCAGGAUGACGAGACCGUCACGGCAGCACCAACGCCAACCGGGGAGGCAGCUUCGUCGUCGUCGGCAUCAUCAACAACCUCCAGCUCGUCCGGGCCAGCGACGGUCACGAUAGCCGUUGGAGCGACCGGUCACGUCUUCACCCCACACGAAGCGACGGCUAAGGUCGGCGACAUCAUCAGGUUUAACUUCUACCCUGGCGGUCAUCGAGUCGCCCGUGCCGAGUUUGGAUGGCCGUGUAUCCCAUAUGAGUACGCGAACAUCAACAAAGCAGGCUUCUACACUGGCAUCUUCGAGCCGCAAGUCGUGUCUAACAAUCCUCCUCACUACGAGGUCCGAGUCAAUGACACGGCGCCCAUCUUCUUCUACUGCGCAGCCCCCGGAUCCUGUGUCGAUUACCACAUGAUAGGCGUCAUCAACCCCAACGCAACCCAGUCCUACGACGCCCAGCUGGAAUACGCCCAGAACACCACCUAUCAGCUCGCCCCCGGUGAGCCCUUCCCUUCGGAGACGCCGGUGCCUAGACCGACCCCCGGCUCAGGCUCAACGAUCUCAUCCGACUCAAGUUCGGGCGGGAAUGGUGGUGGUUCAUCACACCACGGCCUCAGCGGCGGCGCGAUAGCGGGGAUUGCAAUUGGCGCCGCCGCCGUGCUGAUCCUGGGCGCGGCGCUGAUCUACCUCUGCGGCCGGAGGGGCGGGUUCGACAAGGCGUACCGCAAGACGUUCCACGUCCCGCCUUCGGCAGCGGCGGCCCGGUCGACUGAUUCGCCCGGGAUGGUCGAGGCUAAAUAUGCGAACGGCGGCGUUGGCGGCGGCGUCGUCGUGGACCCGAAAAGCCCCGGCCAGACGACGCUGUCGGGCGCUUCGUCGACAUUCCCCGGCCACGAUAACGCCAGCACGCUGCGCAGUUCAUACCAUGCCGGUGCUGGGCAGCCACCUUACUACGGGAUUGGGACUAGCCCGUCGCCGCAUCUGACGACGCCUUCUCCGGGCUUGCCCCAGUAUGGAUAUGCGAAUGGUCAUCACCAUGAGGGGUAUGGUGGCGGUGAUUAUACGUCCCCGCACGCCUCUCCGCGGCCCGAUCAGUACACGCCUUUUGUUGCGCCUCCGGUGGAAUUGCCUAGCGGGGACGUUGCCGUGCCCACGCAGUCCCCGCCUCCUGGGUAUCAGGGCAGGGAGUCGUGGCAACAGGGCGGCUACCAGCCUGGUGGGAAACCGUAGGCUUGGUCUUAAUUAGGUGAAAUGGGGGAGAAAAUGCAGCGCUUGGUUUGAGGGCGGUCUCCACGUGGCCAUACUUCGCCGUCGCGUAGCAUGUGAGGGCCAGCGACCGUCCUCUCACGUGUGACGGUCACCUAGGUGGGUUCGUCACGGAUAUGAAUUGGGCUUGAGAAGACGACAUGGGCAAAAAGGUUUUCUUUUCACUCAUAAUCUUUGGGCUUUCUUUUAAGGG